AUGACCAGGUUCAACAAGGAAAGACUUCAGAUUCCCGACCUACAUAUAACUGCAGCAGUUUCUGCCCUCACAUAUGACAUAAAGUGUGAGGCUUUCAAGAUGUCUUUAUCCAAAACUCCACCAAAGACAGUGACCGAGCUUCUUACCCGAGUCGAGAAGUACAUAAAUAUGAAAGAAAUACUGAACCCGAGAAAGGUUGGACCAUACCAUGAUAGGGUCGAGCAUAAACGACAGCACGACCCAAACCCCCGUCAAGAACCACCUCGGAGAAAACAGAGACAAGAGGUUCCCCCGACGUCAUUCACGCGUUUAAAUACAUCAAAAACAAAUAUAUUGAUGGAGAUCAAGGAUAUGAAGGAACUCAAAUGGCCUGCCAGAAUGAGGUCACCACCUGAAUCCAGGGACAUGAACACAUACUAUGAGUUCCAUCGGGAUCAUGGGCAUACCACGAAAAACUGUAAGGCCCUGCAACAGGAGAUUGAAGCCCUUAUUAAAAGAGGACUCCUGAGUUCUUACGUCGGUAACGACAAACGCCCGAGGAACGAUCGUGGUAGGGAAAGAGCCCCUAAAGCAAAAAGGGAUGGUCAACCCACUGCUGGAACCAUCAAUAUCAUCAUUGGGGGUAUUGCCUCGAGACAAGACUCGAACAGUGGAAGAAAACAAUAUGCCCGACAAUAUACCUUGGCCUCUGGGAUGCCUCAUGGAAAGCUGGAGGAUAUUACUUUUGGAACUAGGGACUUGGAAGGUAUAUCACUUCCACAUGAUGAUGCCUUGGUCAUCUCAGCGAUUGUGGCCAAUUUUGAAGUAAAGAGAAUCUUGGUUGACAACGAGAGUGCGGCCAAUAUAUUUUCACAAGAGGCUUUUGCCAAAAUGGGAAUCUCAUCUCAGCAGUUCAAAGCGGUUAAAACUCCUCUCCAGGGGUUUGGGGAAGGAGUCAUCACUCCACAGGGUGUCGUCGAGCUUUCUCUAACUUUGGGUUCUGGCCAGAAAUAG